CUAAGUGAUAAACCUUCGUGAAUUGUGGAGAAUAAUGCGGGCUAUGUUAUUAGUGUGUCUACUGGUGCUUCUGAUGAUUCCAUAUUUCGUCCACAGCUCGCCAACUGAUCUUCCUAUUUCUUCUGAAAUAAGUCUGCAGUCUAUCGGAUUAUCUAGUCGCAUAAUUAAUGGUACAAAGGCUGUUUUAAGGCAAUUCCCCCAUCAGGUAUCUUUAAUGCGCAGUUGGAAUAAAAAACAUUUUUGCGGUGGAAAUUUGAUUAGCGCCUCUCUAGUCUUAACUGCAGGUCAUUGCGUGUACGGGUCUGAAAACGUCAUACCACCAUGGACAAUUAUUGUGGUUGGAGGAAUACUUAAGCUGAAUGAAACUUUGAAGCGGCAAGAAAAAGGCGUAGAGAAUAUCAGAAUUCAUCCAAAGUUCAAUCUCGAAAAUUUGUAUAAUGACGUUGCCGUUUUGAAACUAUCGACACCCUUUACGUUUACUCCGGAAGUUCGUAGUAUACCCUUGUCAGGAAGCCCACCGAAACCUAAUACUAUUUGCCAAGUAGCUGGUUGGGGUUACACGAUAGUCGAAAUCCCGAAAGUAUCUUCCGAUUUGAUGUACGUUGAUUUACCUAUUCGAAGCGAAAAAGAAUGUCGCAAACUGCUCAAAAACAUAACGGAUCUACCACCGGGAAUGAUGUGCGCCGGUUAUUUAGAAGGUGGAAGGGAUGCUUGCCAAGGUGAUUCUGGAGGCGGAAUGGUCUGCAAUGGUAUUCUGACCGGUAUCGUUUCCGGUGGUCAAGGAUGUGCUGAGCCACUAUUACCUGGAGUAUACGCAGAUGUUUUUCAUUAUUUAAAUUGGAUAUUAAAUGACGCAGAUGUAGUAACUGUAGUGAGAAAUAACAUUAAAAAUUGCGGCGCGUCAAAGAUGAUUAUGAUACUUUCCUUUCUUUUUUGUACUGUUAUCAAUUAUAUCUAA